CUCUUCUCCCAUCCCUCCACCCCUCCACCUCCUCCCUCCCCCUCUCUUUCUCCAUCUCGCCGGAAUCUCACCUCCGAUCCGGCGGCGCGCCACCACCGACACCGGGCAAACCGUCCCCGCCGCCGUUCCGCUCCACAGGAACCGUCCGGGGAGCUCUGGGAGCCGGGGAAGAUGGAGUCGAUCAUAGCGCGGGCGCUGGAGUACACGCUCAAGUACUGGAUGAAGUCCUUCUCCCGCGACCAGUUCAAGCUCCAGGGCCGUACCGCGCAGCUCUCCAACCUCGAUAUCAAUGGCGAUGCGCUGCACGCGAGCCUGGGGCUGCCUCCGGCGCUCACUGUCGACACCGCGCGCGUCGGGAAGCUGGAGAUCACGUUACCAUCUGUAUCAAAUGUACAAGUGGAGCCUAUUGUGGUGAACAUUGACAAGCUUGAUCUCGUGCUUGUAGAAAAGGAUGAUUCUGAAAAUCUCAGCCCUAGCAGCACUACAUCAUCUGCAUCAGCAACUAAAAGCAGCGGAUAUGGUUAUGCUGAUAAGAUUGCAGAUGGAAUGACAGUACAAGUAGGUAUUGUGAACCUGCUCCUGGAAACUCAUGGAGGGUCUCGCCGACAAGGAGAUGCAACGUGGUCACCGCCACUAGCAGCUAUCACAUUUCGUGAUCUUGUACUGUACACAACAAAUGAAAAAUGGCAGGUAGUAAACUUGAAAGAAGCAAGGGAUUUCUCCAACAACAAAGGAUUCAUUUAUGUUUUUAAGAAACUGGAAUGGCAAUCACUGUCAGUUGAUCUAUUACCUCAUCCUGACAUGUUCACCGAUGCAAGAUUUAACUCUUCUAGCAAUCAAGAUAAUAAACGAGACGAUGAUGGCGCGAAACGGAUGUUCUUUGGUGGUGAAAGAUUUUUGGAAGGAAUAUCUGGGGAGGCUAAUAUCACGGUUCAACGGACAGAACAAAAUAAUCCACUUGGGCUUGAGGUUCAACUGCAUAUUACUGAAGCUGUCUGUCCUGCGUUAAGUGAACCUGGCUUACGGGCCUUUCUUCGAUUCAUGACUGGGGUAUCUGUGUGCCUAAACAGGGGAGACGUGGAUCCAAAAGCUCAGCAGCUUGCUGAAGCAGCAGGAUCUUCCUUGGUUUCCAUUAUCGUAGAUCAUAUAUUCCUCUGCAUUAAAGAUACUGAGUUUCAACUUGAACUUCUGAUGCAGUCUUUGUUCUUCUCACGGGCGAGCGUUUCAGAUGGGGAGUGUUCGAAGAACUUGUCUUGCAUAAAGGUUGGCGGGCUGUUUCUGAGAGACACCUUCUCUCGCCCUCCGUGCACAUUGAUACAACCAUCUAUGCAAGCAGUUUCACAAGAGCCCCUGCCUAUGCCUGACUUUGGUCAAAAUUUUUGCCCUCCAAUCUAUCCAUUUGGGAAUCAACUACUAGAAUUCGCUGCCGGGGUUCCUUUGUUUUCUCUCUAUUGUCUUCAGAUCACUCCUUCUCCAUCACCUCCAAAGUUUGCUUCAAAAACUGUGAUCACAUGCCAGCCUCUUACGGUAACCCUCCAGGAGCAGUCCUGCUUAAGGAUUGCAUCGUUCUUGGCUGAUGGAGUUGUGCCUAACCGCAGUACCGUUUUGCCUGAUUCUUCAAUCAACAGCCUGUCAUUUUCCCUUAAAGAGUUUGAUCUCUCCGUUCCAUUGGACUCUGAGGAAAUCACAAGGUGCAGCGGAACCAAGAACACGUGUCCUCAAUCAUCAUUUUCAGGUGCACGACUUCAUGUGGAAGACCUAUACUUCUGCCAGUCACCAUCAGCAAAAUGUCCAUUACUAAACCUUGAUAGGGAUCCAGCUUGCUUCCUUCUCUGGGAAUAUCAACCUGUUGAUGCAAGUCAAAUGAAGUGGGCUACUAGGGCUUCUCAUUUAAGCCUCUCGCUCGAAACUUCUGGCGCUUCAAACGGACAGAGAGCAGCCAGGGACUCUUCUGCAAAUUUGUGGAAAUGUAUUGAACUAGAUGACAUCCGAUUUGAGGCAGCUAUGGUUACCGCAGACGGUAGCCCUUUGUUGGAUGUGCCACCCCCCGAGGGUGUUGUAAGGAUUGGUGUUGCUUUCCAACAGUUUACAUCCAAUACCUCAGUGGAACAGUUGUUUUUUGUCCUAGGUUUCUAUACUUACUUUGGUCAAGUUGCAGAGCGUAUUUCAAAGGUCAGCAAAGGUAACAAGUCUGGGGUGACCAAAUCCUCAGCUGACAAAUUUGAGAAUAAAUUGCCAAGUGAUACAGCUGUGAGCUUAACUAUGAACAACCUCCAGCUCAAUUUCUUGGAAUCUUUGUCAGCACACGACAUACAUAUGCCCUUGGUUCAAUUUGGGGGAGAGGAUCUGUUCCUGAAAGUUUCUCAUCGCACACUAGGUGGUGCCUUUGCGGUCACUACUAACUUGUUGUGGAGAACUGUCUCUGUGAACUGUUUGGAGGGAGAGAGUUCUGUGAUUUGUGAGAAUGGUAUCGCAGUGACUGGCAAACACAACAUUGUGGUGCAUGAAAAUGGGCAUCCCAAGAUGAGAGCAGUCUUUUGGGUUGAUCAUAUGAGCAAACACCAGGAUAAAGAAGCUCAGUUUAUUGAUAUAAACAUCACUCACGUAAUGCCUUAUGACAUGCGUGAUAUGGAAUGCCAUAGCUUGAAUGUUUCAGCUAAGGUAUCUGGUGUUCGUCUUGGAGGUGGAAUGACUUACACCGAGUCUUUACUGCACCGGUUUGGUAUCCUGGGGCCUGAUGGUGGUCCAGGGGAAGGCCUCUUGAGGGGAUUAAAGGAUUUAUCUUCUGGCCCACUUGCAAAACUAUUCAAAUCCUCGCAUCUCACCGAGGAGGAAAAUGAAAGGUCCAAAGUUGAUGAUCUCAAUUCAAAGUUUGAUCUCGGGGUGCCAGAUGAUCUUGAUGUGUCAGUUGAGCUUAGAAAUUGGCUAUUCGCACUUGAAGGAACGGAAGAAGUAGGAGAUUGUUUUACUCCAACUCGUGGAGGUGAUCAUAUCAGUCGAGAAGAAAAAUGUUGGCAUUCAACCUUCAGGAAUUUACAUGUCUCUGGAAAGAGCAGUAACCGGCUUAACUUGGGAGACGCAGGAAAGGCUUCACCCAAAAGGGCAUUUCCUGUGGAACGCUUUACGGCUGGAAUUGAAGGUUUGCAGGCAAUAAAACCUCGCCUGAGAGAUCAACACUCUGGAAAAGGAACAUCAAACAAUCAUCAAAUGGGCAGUGGAUUUAAUAAUGCAAGUUCUGUUGGUGACCAUGGUGUUGAUGUUGAAGCUACCAUGGUCAUUGGUGAAGACGAGAUUGAGGGUGCCAAGUGGACAAUGGAUAAUGUUAAGUUUUCUGUCAAAGAACCGAUCGAGGCAGUUGCAACGAAAGAAGAACUAGAGCACCUCGCCAUGCUUUGCAGAUCUGAAGCUGAUGCGAUGGGGAGGAUCACUGCUGGAAUUCUUCGCCUCCUUAAGCUUGACAAAUCUCUUGGGCAGGGAACUAUAGAACAGCUUCGUAACCUAGGAAGUGGAGGCAUGGACAAUAUCUUUAGCCCCAGGAGGCUCAGCAGGCAGAACAGUUUUGGCAGUACAGGCACUCCUAGGACUUCAACUAUGCAAGCGAUUGCAGAUGUUAUGGGAUCGAAAAACACACUAGAAGCAACCAUUUCUUCAUUGCAAGUUGAAAUUUCUGAAUCCAAGGCUAAAUGUGCGGCACUGAUUUCCCAGGCAAGCAACAUGGAAGAUCAGAGCCGCACUGAGGAUAUCAUGAUACUGAAUGAAAAGCUAGAGAGCAUGCAAUCGUUGGCGACACGAUUGAGAACUUUGAUCUGAGUUGUAUAUGGUUUCUUUUUUGUGUACAGUACACAAGAUGGUUGUCCAAUCUUGGAAGUGGCCAAUGCUGCACUUCCUGGUGGCUGAUUCAGUUAUUCUUUUGUGUACAUUUAUAUAUUUUCCUUGGGAUGGGGGUGUAUAAAGGUAGAGGGGGUGGAAUAAUGGGUUGAUAGGGUGCUGGAAGAAAAUUUUGUAGGCAACUGGAAUGAGGAUGUUGUGUAGCACUUCAUCAUGAUCAAAUGGGUCAUUAGGGAGGGUGCAGUUGUCAUUUGUACCAUUGUAUUAUUGUAUUUGUAUAAUGUGAUCAGAGACCGUUACUUUGGCGUA